AUGGUCUACAGCUAUGUGAGCCAUGUGAAACGUUCGAUGUACGACGAGAUCCGUCACUGCAAGAGCUCCGCCAGCGACAUCUGGGGAGAAGUCACCCACCUGAAGAAUCUCCCAUCCGGCAACAGAACCGCACUGGAUGCUGUAAUCCUGGCCCACCAGGAGCAGGAGGUACCCCAGGACGACCUGGAAGACCUGGAAAGCCCGGAGCAAAUGGUAUGCCAGGAAACCCAGGCAGAGGUGGCGGUGGAUGUGGACCAGAAACUCCACCACCAUGCCAACCAUGCCCAGCUGGACCCCCUGGACCUCCUGGACCACCAGGACCAGCUGGAGGUGCUGGAACUGACGGACCACCUGGAAACUCUGGAUCCGGUGUCAAUGCUGGACCACCCGGACCUAAGGGACCACCUGGCCCCAACGGAAAUCCUGGCCAACCUGGAGGACCUGGACAGCCUGGAUCACCCGCCAUCUCUACACCACCUACUCCUGGACCACCUGGACCUCCUGGACCAGCUGGAGCACCUGGAACGCCAGGACCUGAUGGACAACCUGGAUACGGUGGAGGAGCUGGCACACCUGGUCCCAAGGGACCUCCCGGAUCCAACGGCCAACCCGGUGCCGAUGGAAACCCAGGACCUCCCGGUCCACCUGGAAAUGGCGGCGGACAGGGAGAGCCCGGUAUCUGCCCCAAGUACUGCGCCAUCGAUGGAGGCAUCUUCUUCGAGGAUGGAACUCGCCGUCGUUAAACUCGACGUCAUCAGACAGAGUACUAGGUCGAAUAAAGCUAGUUUUACA